UCUGCCUGGUCAUUUCGUUCCAUUUCCUUUUUUGGCAGAAAAGUGAAUUUAUUGUUAAAUUAUUGCUAGGGCAAAUAAUAUAUUAAUCCCUUGAUUAUAAGAGAUACCAUGACGCAUUCGUCGUUUAAUGAGUAUACAGCUCAUCCGUGUAAAUAGAUCCUGGAGACAAAUGUUCGUGCUUAUCACCAAUCCACAAACACCCGCAGUACAAAUAUAUGCAAAUAAGUGAAUACUUAUGCCUUUGAACGAGUCCAAAGAAAGUAAUAAAAUUUUCAGAAACAAAUCCAAACAAUGACAGCUGAUUCCAGUGCACGUAAUGUUUUCCGAAAGAAUGGCGUUGCCGGCUUGGGCAACAACGGUCAUGGUCGAAAUCUUAUUACGACCGCGAAUCCCUCCGGCGGAAGUAGCGCCUCCCUACCAAAACAGUUGUCCUUCAAAACGCCCGUUGGUUCCAAACAAAUUGGGAAAUCCGAUGAAAUCGAAAUGAUUGACAGUGCAAACAUCGAAUUCAAUACCCGAUAUAAUAAGAACAGCAUUAUAGGAUGGAUAUGCUGUGCUCCCUGCAUUUGGCUGCGAACAUCAGCAGCAGUGCACAAAAUGGCCAUCACAUCAGCAACUUUACUGGUCACCACACUGCUGGUAGCAUCGCCCAUUUUGUUCUUGAUAAGCACGGCUCCCUCACCUCUGCCCAGAGAUUGUUAUAUGGAUGGAGAUCGGUGUUCGCCCGCCGUCUCAACACCUCCAGAAUGCUCGGAUCCCAUUUGCGGGGCAGUGGCUUCCAGCAUUCAGGCCAGGCUAAAUUAAAAGGACCCAUGCACAGAGUUUAAGAAGUUUAGUUGUUGGCGCAACACGCGGAAUAAAAAUACAAAUCUUAUAGAGAUGGGAAACUCCCAGAAAAGCGUCGAUUCACAAAUGCUGUAUCUUUUCCAGAACAAGAUUAUGAACGGUAUUAAUAUAUUGCACAAUUUGUUCGAAAGCUGCUUGCAGCAGACAACUAACUCAAAUAUGCACAAGAUAUUCGAUUCCUUAGGAGGAUAUCUACCUGUUGGUUCAGUGGGACCGUCGAGCAUCGCACCUUUGAUAGCUAAAAUAUAUGAUCUUGGUCCAAGCCCAUUAGUAGACUUAUAUUAUGAUCUUAGCUACGGAAGAAGGCCGCACAUUCUUCUCAUUAUUAGUGGACCUAGUACAUCCUCAACUAUUCUUGAGCGUAAAAUACGUUGGAUGAGCCCCAAAGCACCGCCCAGUCGUAUUCGACAAGGGGUACCAAAACUGUUAGCCGAUUUAAUCGAAAAUUUUCUACCCUAUUUUGUGUCAUAUGCUCAAAGAGUUUCUGAGAAGGAUACUAUUUUUGAAUUCAUUAAGGACCUAAACAAGCUUCAAGUCGAGCACUCUCGCCGUGGAUUCUGGGAUAGUACUGUUUUAUAUAAUGUAUCUAGUCUACAAGACUUGUAUCCAGUUCUAAAUUGGACAUUGUUAAUCCCACAGAAUUGGAGCGGACCCAUCGUUGUCAGGAAUAGUGAUUAUCUUAAAGCUUAGAAUAUUUUCUUCAAAUACCCGACUAGAGUUGCACAUAACUCACUGCUAUUGCUAAGCGCUUUAGAAAUAUUGCCAAGGGAUUAUCCAAGCCCUGAGGUAUGCACCAGAUCUACAAUGUGGGCUCUACCCGAGCUGUCAUCAUCCUUAUACAUUGCUCAACUCUCGGAAGAUUUAAAGGACACCACAAAACGAGUAAUUAUAAUCUAAUACGCCAAUCCGAAAUUUAUUUUUCAAAUUAUAUUUAGGCGGAAUAAUUUUUAAAUCACUGAAAGCACAUUAAAGAGAGCACCUUCUUUAAAAGGAGCUGCCCUUGUUAAACUGUCGGCAUUAAAGAUCCAGUCGCAAACCUGGGAAGGAUUCUCAAACACAACGGACUUAUUAAAGACUCUUCAAUCUUUGGAUAUAACGGCAGAAUGCUGGUUUCAAAACAUUUUAGAGAUUUACAAGAAGAACAAACUGGAACCAAACGAUAUAAGCAUGAACGGAGGCUCGCAUGAUGCUUGGGCUUACCCUAUUGUGUCAACCAUAUUUUAUGAUACACUGAGCCAUUCAAUCGUUGUCCCAUUAUCUGUCAUACUCAUACCGUAUUUCAAUGCUGUAUUGCCUCCAUAUUUACUAGCAUCUGUUGGUGUUUCCAUUGCCAAAGAGAUUUUAAGAUCUAUCACAAAAUCGUUUGACGAAAAGGCAAUGCGUUGUGUACCACAUUCUGUAAAUAUAUUUUCGAACUAUAGUCGAAUGGAUAUUCUGAUACAUUCAGGAGGAAUGCAGAUCUCAUACCACUCAAUGCUUUCCCUAACCGGUCCUAUUAAAGGAAUGGCAAGACUACCUGGCCUGAAUUUAACGCCGACACAAAUCUUCUUUUUAGUUUCGGCUCAGGAACUAUGUGCUGAAUCGAACUACUUGGGUAUCGAUACAAAUGCUCCCGAGUUUGAUAACAUAUUGGGUUGGCUCGUUGCCCAAGGUGGGAGUGCGACUGAAGUUUUCAAAUGUCCAUCGGGAUCUAUGAUCAAUAUACAAAAAACCUGCAAUGUGCUUUAAAUAUUAUUUGAACGUCACCUUCGACUAUUUACUUUGUCUAAGAUCCAAACACAGUUUAAAAUAUUGUAGCUCUAGAGACUUACCUUUAGUAUUGUUUUUUUAUUUUAAAUGAAAAUGUAUAUUUUAAAUAAAUAUACUGUUAAUAAA